AUGUCCAGCUUGGAUUUGACGGCCCAGAAGCCCUCAGAGGCUAACAAUGCCGCGCCAGAGGCGGACAUUCCCGCACGGGACCGCGACGUUGGCUCCGGCAGUGAUGAGCCUCCCGCGAAAAAAGCGCGACUGGAGGGGACCUCGGACUCUGAAAAUAUUGUUCGCGAUGCACGUGACAGAGGAAUUGCCCCGAUCAAAGCAGAAUACCGGAUUCAAACCCAGCCGAAGCCCAAGCCUACUGAACCCGAGAUCAGCCCCGAUGAUGCUGCCGAAGCUGCCUCUCACGUUGAACGCGAGGGUGACAGCAGAGACAACAAAAAGAAUAAGAAGAAGAAGAAGAAUACUGGCCAAAACACCAACCGAAGCUUCGGUAGCUCAAAAGAUGCCAAAGGCCUUUGCGGUUCGAGAAUGUUUAGUCCCGAGUUCUCACCGGGGCAGUGCCAAUUCAACGAAAAAUGCCGCUUCGAGCACGACUUGCGUCUCUACCUGAAAGAACACAAGCGCGAGGAUCUUACAACCUUGAAUGGGAUGUGCCCUGUGUACGAGGCACUGGGCAAAUGUUACUCUGGAUGGAAGUGCCGUCUUGUUGGAUCGCACUCGCAGGAGAGAGAGACGGCAGAUGGACAGAAGGAGCUUAUUCUACUAGAAGACGAGGAACGCAUGGCCAAAGCCAAACCUCGCGUCCCAUUUGCGACGGACGAUGGACUUGUCAAUAUCAUUGCCGCCGAGGAUAAAAUCGCUUUGGCGCGGAAGAAGGAGGUCACCAUUCGUGCCAAUGCCGUCAAUGAUUGGCUCCACAAGUCUGGCCAGGAACUAGAACAAUAUCUGCACAGUGGAAAGAAGAAGACAGAAGAGGAUGCUGGAAAGACCGCGGGUGAAGAUGCCGAAAAGGCAAACGGCGAAGCUGAAAAGAUUGAUGUGGACAUGGCCAAAGAACAGAAAGAAGAGCAGCGGGCGCAGUUUACUGAACCGCCGUUCUUACCCUCCGAGAAGCGUCGCAUCUACUUCGGACCUGAGACUCCUACACUGGCACCUUUGACGACACAGGGAAAUAUGCCUUUCCGACGACUUUGCACAGAUUUGGGAGCUCAAUUCACCUAUUCUGAGAUGGCGAUGAGCAUGCCGCUCAUCCAAGGCGCAAAGUCUGAGUGGACUUUGAUGAAGGCGCAUGAAUCGGAAAUGCUCCCACCGUCUAUUACCAAAGGAGACAACGUGGUCCAGGGCUACGACAACUCCAAAGAUUUCAAAUUCGGGGCGCAGAUUGCUGCCAAUAAGCCCUGGCAAGCCGUGAAGGCCACCGAGGUUCUUUCAAAGUUCACUCCCCACUUGCGUGUGAUCGAUUUGAACUGUGGUUGUCCCAUUGACCUUGUCUUUCGGGAUGGAGCUGGUUCUGCUCUCCUAGACCACCACUCCAAAUUGGAGAAGAUCAUUCGCGGUAUGAAUAUGGUCUCCGAGCAGAUCCCCAUCACCGUGAAGAUUCGCAUGGGGGUCAGAGAUAACUACCCCACUGCGCUGAAGCUUACUGAGCGACUAAUUCUGGGUGGUUACGAGUCUAGUCUCCUUGGUGUGGGCCCUCCAGGUGUCGCGGCUGUUACUCUCCAUGGACGGAGCAGACAGCAACGUUACACCAAAGAAGCAGAUUGGAGCUACAUUGCGGAUUGUGCAGCCUUAAUCAAGCGGAUGAAUGAAAAGACAGACAUUGUCACCGACACUAUUCGGGAGCCUGAUGCUCGCUUCCAGCCGAAUGGUGGGAAGACCUACUUCCUCGGCAACGGUGACUGCUACUCGCACACUGACUACGAUAACCACGUCAAUAAUGCUGGAGUGGAUUCGGUCAUGGUGGGCCGCGGUGCGCUGAUCAAGCCAUGGCUGUUCGAGGAAAUCCAGACGGGCCAAUACCUUGACAAAUCCGCAUCAGAGCGUCUUGUCUAUAUCGAGAAGUUUGCCAAGUACGGACUGGAGGCUUGGGGAUCUGACGAGCAUGGUGUCGGUACAACCCGACGAUUCAUGCUGGAGUGGCUGAGCUUUGCACAUCGCUAUGUUCCCAUCGGACUGCUGGAGUACCUUCCUCCCCAUAUUAAUGAUAGACCUCCUGCCUGGCGUGGCCGAAAUGAAAUGGAGACUCUCAUGGGCAGUGAUAACUACAAGGACUGGAUCAAGAUCAGCGAGAUGUUCCUUGGUCCUGCACACAAAGACUUCAAGUUUGAGCCCAAGCAUAAGUCUAACUCUUAUGAUCAAGCCGAGGGUUAA